AUGUAAAGAGCAUAAGAAAUUAUAAUAAAAAAUAAAGUGAGAGUGUAUAAUUAUCCACAAUCAGUAUCUUUAGAAGAGUUGAGACCCAUUAAGCAUAUAUGGGAAUAUAUAAUACAAGCAUAGAAUGAGUAUUCUAACAAAUUUGAAAAGAAUUUUUAGCCACAUUAUACUAAGAUAAUGGUGAAAAGAGACAAUAAACCUAUCAGAAAGCAAGAAAAAGCUGAUAUUAAAGUCCAAUUUAAAAAUUCUUUGUUGUUGCAGUUGCCAUGGUAGCUUGGUUCUUAGCGAAAUAAAAUAAAUAAAGAACCAAAUAAGAUAUUUACUAGCGUUAUCAUCAAAAAGAAAAACUUCCAAUCCCUUUCAUUAGCAUACAUCAUUUAUUGA